AUGUGUUGUGUUUUGACUGAGACUUCUGCUAGUCCUAAUGUGGAAACUAUCCUUGUUGCUUUUGAAUUUCCCGAUAUGUUUCCGACUGAAUUGCCUGAAGACUUCAUUGAUAGAGAAAUUGAAUUCACUAUUGAUGAACUAUUAGACAAGAAGUUUAUCCGCCUCAGCACAUCAUCUUGGGGUGCUCCAGUUUUGCUUGUCAAUAAGAAAGACAGAUUUUUAAGGUUGUGUAUAGACUAUCGGGAAUUGAACAAAGUGACUAUUAAGAACAAAUACCCGUUACCUCAAAUAGAUGACCUAUUUGACCAACUCCAGGGGGUGCAAAUGUUCUCCAAGAUAGAUCUUAGAUCCCGAAAUGAGAUUGAAAUUGUGUUGCGUGAACAAGAUGGAAUCCUGGCUACCAUUUCUGCUCAACCCGUAAUCAUUGAAGAAAUAAGAGAGAGACAGCUUGAAGAUGAGUUCUUGAAGAAAAUUGUUGAUGAGAUUGAUUCAAAACUAAGGCCAAGGUUUGUGUUUAAGAACAAUGUGUUGAAGUUUCAGAAUAGACUUUGUGUGCCGGAUUGUCUGGACUUAAGGAAACGUGUUAUGACUGAAGCCCACAAUUCGAAAUUUGUUAGGCAUCCAGGUAAUAUGAAAAUGUACAAGGACCUAAAACAGAAUCUUUGGUGGCUAGGAAUGAAGAAGAGUAUUGCUGAUUUUGUGGCUAAGUGUUUGCAUUAUCAACAGGUAAAAGCUAAACAUCAACGACCCGCUGGAUUACUUCAGCCACUUCCAAUACCAGAAUGGAAAUGA